GCCUUUUCCUCCUGCGGAUGGGCACGUGGUUCCCAAUCCGGAAGUUACAGGGUGGAGGAGACCUUGAUGCAGGAUGGCUCCCUCGGGGAAAAUCAACCGACCUCGGACAGAACUGCGGAAAAACGUUUGUAAGAGGCGACGUGUCUUGAGCAAACAGAAGAGGAAAAAACACCAGAUUGUUGCAGCCAUAGUGGACAAGGAGCUCAUCAUUUCUCACCACCUGAAGAAGCAAUCAUCCAGCGCACGAGCAAAUAUUACUCUCUCUGGGAAGAAGAGGAGAAAACUGCUGAAGCAAAUCAGCCAUGCCACCAAAGAAAAAAUAGUUAUGCAGGUUGAUGCUUCUCCAGCUCCAAGUACAAAGGGUCAAAACAGAACGGAAAAGAAGAAGAACAAGAAGGAAAAACUGGAGGGCUGCUCUGAUGUAGAAAUGGUGGAAACUGAGCCCACACCAAGACCAGAAAUCUCCCUGUAAUGCCUUCAAGCUCAGUUUUUUUGCUCCUCUUUGCUGCCUGAGAUUGUAGUACGAUGGGACUGAAAGUGGGGAUGACAGGGAUGCGCAGAUUGCAAAACCCAGAAAAGCCAGCGGAUUUUGACCCUUAGACUUUGAUACAACAAAUUCCUUAAAACAAAAGACUUUGGGGGAACAAAUUGAAUGUCAGCCUAGUUACUGCUUCCCUUCGCAAGUUGCUUUUGGUGCCUUAUCUUUAAAACACUGCAUGCUUGCUAGUACAUGGGUACUACAACUUGACUUCCAGUCUUAAUGAUUUCCAUAAAAACCACAUUGAUACAAUGUGUUGUCGAAAGCUUUCAUGGCUGGAAUCACUGGGUUGCCAUGAGUUCUGGACUGUCUGGCCAUGUUUCAGUCGCAUUCUCUCCUGACGUUUCACCCACAUCUAUAGCAGGCAUUCUCAGAGGUUGUGAGGUCUGUUGGCAACUAGGCAAGUGGGGUUUAUAUAUCUAUGAAAUAAUAUCCAGGGUGUGAAAAAGAACUCUUCUCUGCUUGAGGCAGGUGUGAAUGUUGCCAUUGGCCAGCUUGAUUAGCAUUGAAUGGCCUUGCAGCUUCAAAACCUGACUGGUUCAUUCAUGCUAAUCAAGCUGGCCAAUUGCAACAUCCACACUUUCCUCCAGGAGACAAGAGUUCUUUCUCCCACCCUGGAAAUUCCACAUAUAUAUAAACCCCACUUGCCUAGUUUCCAACAGACCUCACAACCUCUGAGGAUGCCUGCCAUAGAUGUGGGGAAAAUGCCAGGAAGGAAUGCUUCUGGAACAUGGCCAUACAGCCCAGAAAACUCAUAGCAACCCACAUUGAUACAGUUUGUGUGCAUGUGCAUAUACAUGCUCAUAGAGCAAGAAUUUCCAACACCAGAAUACAAUUGGAGAGAAAGAAACUCUGUAUUGUAAAACUGAGAUAAUCAAAAUUUUUCUGUUUCUAUGUAUUGAAGCUUUGUGUGUUAGGUCCCAAAUUUUGUCUCAAUAAAAUGGCAAGAAACCAUUCCA